AUGAGUCUGUCGCGGCCUUUUGCUAAGGCGCUGAGUCGCCACGUUCCGGCUGCCCGCAAUGCAUCAACACACGCCGCACCAUCCAAUCCCAAAGGUCCCCUCUCAGGUAUCACCGUGGUCAGUUUGGAACAAGCCAUUGCCGCUCCGUUCUGUACCAGACAGUUGGCCGAUCUAGGCGCACGGGUCAUUAAAGUCGAAAGGCCUGGAGUGGGUGACUUUGCACGCAAUUAUGAUACUCGCGUCAACGGACUCGCCUCGCAUUUUGUCUGGGCAAAUCGGUCCAAGGAAAGCCUGGCACUUGAUCUAAAGAAACCGCGCGAUCACCAAAUUCUAAUGCAUUUACUACGCCAGACGGAUGUUCUCGUUCAAAACUUAGCUCCUGGUGCCAGCGCAAGGCUCGGCCUAUCGCAUGAAAGCUUGAAGGAGGACCAUCCGUCGCUUAUUGUCUGCAAUAUUUCAGGGUAUGGUCCUGAAGGACCUUAUCGCAAUAAAAAGGCUUACGAUCUUCUUGUGCAAAGCGAGGCUGGCAUGUUAUCUGUCACUGGCACAGGCACAGAACCAGCCAAGGUUGGCAUAUCCAUUGCGGAUAUUUCUGCCGGCAGCUACGCAUACUCCAACAUUUUGGCCGCUCUGAUCCAGAGGGAUAGAGACCCAAAACGAGCUGGAUCUAAUAUUGAUAUUUCCAUGUUGGAGAGCAUGGUCGAAUGGAUGGGAUUCCCCAUGUACUACGCAUACAAUAAUGCAUCUGGUCCGAAACCGGUCGGGGCAUCCCACGCCGCCAUUUAUCCGUAUGGGCCUUUUGAAACCGGCGGUGGCAAGACAGUGAUGCUGGGAAUUCAGAACGAGCGAGAAUGGGCAAAAUUCUGCGAUCUCGUCCUUGGCAAGCCUGACAUCGCGACAGAUGAGCGAUUCGUCAACAAUUCCUUGCGUGUUAAGAACCGCGACGCGCUGAAAAGCAUCAUCUGUGAGGCAUUUUCGACUCGCUCUGCCGCAGAAGUGCUCCAUCUCCUCGACGAAGCCUCCAUUGCAAAUGCGAGUGUCAACGAUAUGCAAGGUGUUUGGGAUCAUCCUCAACUGAAAUCGCGCGGUCGCUGGACAGAAGUAUCCACUCCCAUGGGGAAAGUACCAGCGUUGAUACCACCGGGAAUGAACCAAGAUGCCCGUAUGGAUGCGGUGCCUGAUGUUGGAGAGCAUAAUACAUCCAUAUUAGCAGAGUUGGGCAUUGAGGAGGAAUAA